AUGGCUGCAUCCCGUUCUGUAGCGAUUCUCGGCGGCGGCAUUAGUGGCUUGACGACCGCUUAUUACCUGCUUUCAAAUGCAGCCAAGCACAGCGUUUCCAUCUCCAAGUGCUACAUUUUGGAAAGUCAAUCUCGUUUCGGAGGAUGGCUUCACUCGCGCUCAUUUGGUCCCAAUGCUGAUGAUAUCUUUGAACUGGGUCCUCGAACUAUUAGUACAAAUUCGUAUGCUGGUACUAAUGUUGUUGCUCUGGCAGGAGAUAUCGGUUUAGGCGAUUGUGUCAAGGCUGUCGAUAAAAAAUCACCCAACUUUAGCAAGCGAUUCGUGGCCAUCGAUGGAAAGCUGUUUGUACUGCCUUCCAAGCUUAUUCACUUGUUUCAGGCACGAAAACCCUUCAAACCGUUCAUCAGUUACAUGGUGAAAGACUGGAGAACGCCGCCGGUUCAAAUCAAGCCCGGCGAUGACAUGUCUGUUGAUGCCUUCUUUCGGUACCGUUUUGCUCCAGAAAUAGCCGACUAUCUGGUCAAUCCAUUGUGCAUCGGCAUCACUGGCGGCAACAGUAGUGCCUUGAGCAUGCAAUCAAUGUUCCCCAAUGUACUGAAGAAAGAACAGAAAUUUGGAUCAGUUGUAAGGGGGAUGUUCUCUUCCAAUGAGGAUAUUUAUGCAGAUUUAGCCGAUCAUUGGCUGGUGAAAAAAUCAGUCCGAGAGAAAUGGGCCGUCUUUUCGUUUGACGGUGGAGUUCAAAGACUGCCUGAUAGGCUAUGCACUGAGCUAGAAGAAAACUACUCCUCAGCUAUCGAACUGAUGCCAGAUACCGAAGUGACCAACCUGACGUUUACCGAAAAUAAAGUAAUGAUCUCUGCAGAUAAGGCUGAUGCUGACUUGAGCAGCUCAUUAAAUCUUCAAGUUGAUCACGUAUUUUCAUCGAUUCCCGCCUUUAAAUUGGCCUCACUUUUGUCAGGCCACGAGAAGCUAAAAUCAACUCUGAAAGCCAUUCCUACUGUUCACAUGGCUGUAGUCUCUCUGCAGUUUGACCGAGAAGUACUGCCUAAAGUUGUGCAUGGUUUUGGCUUUUUAGUUCCUCUAAAAGAAAAUUCUCCCAUUUUGGGUGUAACAUUUGACUCGUGCAUAUUUCAGAGCGAAGCCAGUCAAGGAACAAAGUUGACGGUCAUGCUUGGUGGUUAUCGUUUUAAAGAGUUGUUUGGUGAGCCUGAAACGGUUGAUCCAGAGCACUUGAAGCAAAUAGCUCUCGGUGCGCUAAAGUCCUACUUGAAGAUUCAGGUAGAGCCUGUGCAUCAUUUGGUGUCCAUUCAUCAGAACUGCAUUGCCCAAUACACACUCAAUCAUGGACAGCGAGUGGAAACAAUUGAGAAUGAAAUUACCAAACUGAACAUGUCACUACUGGGAGCAUCGUACCAUGGCUUCAGUGUACCAGAUUGUAUUCUCAAUGCAAAACGCAAAGCAACUGGUUGGCUGCAAGAGCAGCAGAGUUAA